CUGGGCUCGACAGGGCUGGCAGCUUUCCAAGUGUACGGGCAGGAAUCCGGACACUCGGUACGCAGCACAUUCCCGCCCAGCUAAGCUGCCCUCCUUCCCGGUUCGGCAUCCCCCAUCACCGCUUUGAGCGAGGCCCAUUUCGCACGCACGUGCUGGUCUGCUGCAAGCAUGCGAGAACGGAUCACCUACGUGCAGAAGCUGGGCGACUCGCUGGCACCGUCGGCAGUCACGGUCGACGGCGGCACCAUCCGCGGCCCGGAGGUGCAUGCGGCCCGCGAAGACAGGCUGACCAUUGCCUUAGACGAGCUGCCCCCGGAGCUGCGGGCACUUCUCAGGAGCACCCAGGGCCUGCACAUCCGAUGGGUCGGCACCGUCGCCUACGAGGCCGUGAGCCCGUUGCUUGCGCGACUGCCGCCUGGCUUCCAUGUGCUAUUCCCCCCCAUCCCCUCAAUAGUCGAUGAUAUUGCAUCGGGCAGUUUAUGCGCCACGUUGGUGAAGAUAUUUGGAGACAUCUCAUGCUCCGGCCCUGCUGAAUCGUUCACAUCGCUGCCAGAAGGCCGCUUGCAGUACUAUCAGCAGCUCGAUAGCCUGUCUCACUUUAUCCAGUAUGCCAAGGAUCAACUAUGUCGAGGAUCUGGCUCCUCGUGUGCCGCCAGGCUAGACAGCCUGUCCAAGGCCGCCUCACUGGACAUCUCAUACGACGCCUCUCAGCAGGUCCUACGCAUCACGGCUCUCUGGCCCUACCAGCGCCAACUGGUGCACGCCACGUCAGACGCACGACUCCGAACCGAAGUGGGCAUUCUCUCGACAGACCAGCCCCAGACCCUCGAGCCGCACGAAGUCGGCAUCUCGGGUCUCCUCACCGUUCUCGGCCAGGACUCCAAGCCGUCCCCGACCAUGUUCGCCUUCGCCUCGCGACACCGCGACGCCGAGUCAAGCUUCUCGGCCCAAUUUCUCUCCCCAACGGGGCUCCACCCAACUUUACAGCUCCGUCUCGACUCCAGGAAGCCUCCUGCUUUGUCACCCUCUCCUGACGUCGAAGAUGCCGACGAUGCUGACAGCCGCUGUGCCCCCUACGCCUACCUCACCCUGCCGCGAACCAUCUUCGCCGACAAAUACCAGCUCUCCGACCCGCUGUUCCUCGCGUCCAAGAACCUGACCGCCCUGCGGUACACCACCCAGCCCGUGGACCUCGAAGCACCCGAGUACGUCACGCCGCAGUGGGGCUCAGCAGUCUUGGUGCAACUCUCCCCGCCCUCGGGGUUACAGCCGAGGGGGAAGCAGAAGCAGAAGCAGAAGCAGGAGCAGCACCUGGAACAAUGGACGGCCGAGAUCCCGCUCCACCUGCGCUACCUCGCGCCGGCCCCGGGCGGCUACUCGACCAUCCGGGUCCCGUACCCGGCCGUGUUCUGGGCGUGCGAGGCCGACGAGGGGGUCGAGUUCCCGCCGAGCCCGUUCGAGAAGGCCCAUCUCGGCUACGACGCGUUGUUUAGCCCGAGGACGGUGUUCUGGCACGUGGAGCCGCGGCCGGCGGAGGGGCGGCUGCUGGUGAGCUCGCUGACGGUGCCCGUGCUGGACGUGGACAAGGCCGGAUGGGUCAGUGCGGGCACGGCGGCGGCGGUGCUGGCCGGGUUUGUCUGGGUUGCGUGGAAGCUCCUGGGGGUUUACUUGCGUGACGGCUACGGGGCCGGGAGGAAGGUUGAGGGAGAGAAGAAGAGGCAGUGAUGGCAGAACAUGCGUGCUACGUUGGGUUUGGGUUUGGGAAUCGGCAGAUGGACAGAUCAACUGGGGUUAUAAUGUGGCGGUGGCAUCCCGAAUUCUU